UUGUUCACCAAGCAAUAGAAGAAGAUGAUUUGUUAUUAUUAUUUAGCUGAACUGCAGUUCCUCCUCCAUAACAGCAGGGGGAGAUCUGGACAGGCACGUGACCCAACACGGGCGGUGUGGUUAAAAGUGGUGGACUGUAUUCGGGGUUGUGUUUAAAGUAAAGAAAUUCCUGGCUGCAAAAACGUUGAAGGGUUUUCUGACAUGAACACCGUUAGAGUUUGGGUCUUAUAACAAUAUGGCGUCUAAGUGGACGGAGAGGAUUAGUGCUUUCUGCUGCAGUCCAAGCAGCUUCCUGUCAGGGACAAACCCGGACGCCUUCCUGGCAGAGCUGCUCCGGGAGCUGCGGGAUGACAGGGCCAGCUAUGGAGUCAAGGUCCUCCUGUUGUCUCCUCUCUGUGAGUAUCCGACCCUGCUGUGUUCCUCAGAAUCUGUUGGCGAGGAAACAGCCUUGGAUCUUAUGUCGGUGUUCACCCAGUGUCCUCCCAGGUCCAGUCAGUUUCGCUGCCACCUUAUUGUGGCCCUCACCAGCGUCCUUGUCUGCUCCUCUUGUGUGAGUAACCGCUCCCGUGCUUCCCUGGACUUUAUUGACUUGCUCCUUCAGAUAUGCCAGGACACCAGCGACCUUGAUGGCGAUGGCACACAGCGCUGCAACCGGGCCACGGCCUGUGACUGCCUGUUUGAGAUAGAGGCCAGCUGCCCCGGACUUCUCUCUCAACACCUCGAGCUCUUGGCUGGGCUACGGCAGCAGGAGACCUCCUGGCUCCAUCAGGCCUAUGCAGGCCUGCAGAUUCUGGUGUUGAGAAAUGCUGUUUAUCAGCUCACUAAGCAAACAGGAGCAGGUGCUGCACAUCUUAAAGCUCUGUUAGAUGGAAAUACCUCUGUUGCAUGGGAGGCAGACCAGGAAGCCUUCCACAUGGUCACCAAGGACUCAGCCAUACAGUCGUCCCUCAUCCUGGGACCAAUGGGCCGAGUGCCGACCCUUCACACCGGACCUGACUGUAAGGAGUUGCGAUCCGUCCUCUCCUCCCUGCUAGAGGAGUCCUACCUCCUCACCCCUCUGUGUCAGGCUGCACUUUUCCGCAGACUGACCGAAGUGGUUGCCAUGGUGCCCGGGAUCCCUCCAACUAUAUUCAGAGCUCAGCUGCUGCGACUGCUGGGAACCAAUGAGAUUUGCCUUCUCCAUGUCACCCUGCUGAUGAAGUGUGCCUUCACCGACAGCCUCUUUAGUGCAGAAGACGAAGCUUUCCUCCUGAAGCGGCUGGUAGUUCUCUCCCAGCACCCACUCCUCAGCACACCUGAGAAGCUCUUCUACAUGGACUGCAUCCUGCACUUUCCAGAGAACCGUCCAAUCAACUGCGGUGACAGUGAUGAGGCCCUUCCUGUGCUGCUGACCCCCCAGCUGGCCUCGGCCUUGCUGCCUACAGUGUUUAACGACAGCGCCACCCUGCUGGCUCGACUCCACCUGCAGGCUCUGGGCUUCCUGGAGGAGGGGGAGGAGGAGGGCCGGGGGCUUGCCUACAUCUAUGACCACCUCACUGCACUGCUGCAUAUUGUGGAAAGGGGAGGCAGCAGAGAUAUUGUGGUGACCUUUUUCAGAGCUGCCUUCCUCUUCCUGUUUUAUUUUCAACAGGUGGAGGGGUACUCUGCUCGCCUGAGUGAGCAGCUCUGUCAGCUUUACCUCCAACACACCAAGCUGGCUCCGCACAUCCUCAACCUGGUCGACAAGACUCUGGAGAGGUUACCAGAGUGUAACUGGGCCUUGGGGCUCCUGCAGGGCCUCCAGAGAGUGAUAAGCACGGCCCCAUUGGGCCAGCUCACCCUACGAGACCUUAGCUGCCACCUUAAGGUGCUGGCUCGGGUGGCGGAGGAAGGAAAAAUCUCUCAGUGCAGCACCCUCGGCUUUCUGUCCGCCAUCAUCACCCAAUCCUCCUCCUUGCUGUGCACCAGCGGCGACUGGCGGUUGGGAAACGGUGUGCUGGGAGUUUGCCGCCGUGUGCUCCUGCAUCCCAGUCUGGACUCUCUGCUUAUUCCUUUGGCGGACAUUCUGCAGCACCUUACUUGUUACUAUGGUGACACGGAUAUCCAGGACCACGCCCGCCUCUACUACACCCUCCUCACGACGUUGUCCCGGGAGAAGCUGUCUGUGAUGCUGGCGCAUAGUGCAGCAGAGGGCGGGGGUCAGGUCAAGAAGCGAACACUGUCCUGCGUCAUGGCGGAGAGCGAAGGGCUGACAAACAUACUGACCGUCCACCAGACAGAGCAACCCGUAUUCCAGCUGACCGAGGCUCUGUCAGGGCUACAGCAAGAGAUGGAAAACCUGCAGCUGAGUCAGGAUGAGGGAGACAAAGCUCUGGAAAGUUACAGAGCUCAGUUCAGUGAGUCCGGCUUUGCUUCACAGAUCAUGUUGAAGUACCACCUGACUCACACGGAGCCCCAUGACUCUCGCUUUGAGCAGAUCUUCAGCAUCUGCCUCCACUUCAGCCUCACCGACGAUCACUACGAACAGCUGCAGGACAUCAGUGUCCCCUGCCUCUUCAGACAGAGACCACCGCCUGUGGUGCAGCUGACACUGAAGCCCAGACGGCCUUACCCAACCACCAUCCAUGUCAGCGCCAUCUUCACCUCCAAAGAUGGGCUUACCUGGCACACUACUAUGCCGGAUGUCCAUGUGGAAUUCCAGCAGGCCUUCCUGCCUCUGCCUGUACCCCUAAGCUGGAGCAGAUCCAGUAGACAGGAUGUGUUUGAGGGACUGUGGGAUGAGUUCUGCUCUGAGAUGAGUGACUGUAUAAUCAGUCUGUUCUGCUGCCAGCUGAGGGAAGCUGCCCUGAAAGCUCUGGUGGAAAAACACUUCCUUCCCUUCCUCGUGUCCGACCUGUCCCAGGAGGACGAGCUCAGGGUGCUCCUCUUUCUCCCGCCACGGUCUCACGUACUGCUGAAGAUCAGCUCUGUGGAGGACGCCACGCAGUUCAACAUGGCCACUGAUACCCGUCAGCUGCUGCCUCACAUGAACUCUUACCUGCUGACAGUCACUUCUUCACAGGACGAGUCUGUCAGAUGAUCCCGCCUUGAGUUUUAUACUGAAAAUAAUCCUUUUAGCAAUAAAAAAGCAGAUGACUGAUUUAAAAUGAAAUAAUUAUUGCAGUUUAAUGAUUUUGACAUUAAAAGAGGAAGAAGUUAAA